AUGGUGGCAAACGAAGACAACGUAGUAUACGGGCACAGUGAGUUCGGUGCAGCGGCAACCGUGCAGAUAAACAAGCUUGACGCAUGGAAAGAAUGGUUUGCAAAUCAACAUGCGCUUAUGAGUACAUACAGUGAGCAGGCGUGGUUCCAACCUUUGUUGAGUACUGUAGAGGAGGAGACAGUGCCGGACAAAGGCGAUAUACAUGGCGUGGACCAACACUUCAACAUGGAACAAGUAAUGGCCGCAGAACAUAUGCUACGAGUGCGAGAUUUACCGCGGUCGCAAACUAUGCAUCCGCAACCUUACAUGAAAAAAGUGUUAACCGCUAAAACAUGGAUACUGUUCCUGGCAUUAGUCAUAGAACACUGCGAGGUCGAACGCCGUCUGCAGGAGAGGGAGUUAUAUGUGGAUGCGCUAUUGCAAACGUGUUCACAUUAG